AAGAAGGUGAAGAAAUAUAGCAAGCAGAGAGUUGUUCUGUUGGUGCUUCGUCUCUCUUCCUCUGGUUGCGAAAGCCUAAUUCGGAGAUAGCAAUGCAACAGGGAGAUUACAAUUCUGUUUCUUAUUAUCAAUAUCAACACCCUCAAAACCCUAACCCCAACCCUAUCCCCAAUCCUAAUUCGAUUCCGAUCGAUCCCCAGCCAAAUCCUUCGCCUUCGACCUACGCUUCUGCGCCUCCGUUUACCACUAGUUAUUCUCCCUCCGAUUACUCUGUUUAUCCCCCCGCGUAUCCUCCAUAUCCGCAAAAUCCCGAGCCUGUCCCCAAUAUCCCUCCCACGGCUCCUUCAUAUUCUCCGAGCCCUAAUUUGCAGUCAUUCAAUCCAUCGCCUCAGCCGUCGUCUUUUCCUCCUUUCGAAGCUCAGGGUUCGUAUCAACCUCCGGCGCAGCAGCCUCCGUAUCAUCCACAGUACGAUCAACAUCUGACGGCUCCCAAUUUCUCCAACCCUAUUCCCAAUUCCAAUGCUAAUCCGUCGUACGCAAAUCCUCCUGCCUACUCGGCUUCGUACAGCCACGUAGGCUCUUCCGUGCCGCCCGUUUACGAGAACCCGUAUGAGACUACUCCAAAAUUUGAUCAAACUGGCGGAUAUUUUGAUGAAACUUCGGGUAGAUAUGGAGGCUAUAGCCGGACACGGUCCGAUUUAGGAUCUGAAAUGUAUUCGAAGAGAUCGGAUAGUGGGGUGUCGUCGAGGUACGAUCUAGGUUCAAUUCGAGAUGAGGGGUAUGGUGAUGGAGUGUAUGCUUACGAAGGGAGCAAGGUGGAGCCCUAUGGUGCAAGAGGCACAGCUCCAAAGUCGUCGACUUGGGUGGGUUUUGAUGAUUACGGGAGGUCAAUCAGUUUUCCUUCUGGUAAAGACCAGCCAUCUGCCAAGAUCGUGAGAGCAGUGCCCAAGGCGGAGACCCAGCAAGAUGUAAAGAGCGGGGUGCAGAAGUUUCGGGUCAAGCUAUUGUCUGAAGGUGGAGGACAGAGCUCCAUGGAUGUUCUUUGUCAGAUUGGUUUGGAUGGAAUUCGUAUGCUUGAACCCAGCACUAGUCGAACAUUGAGAAUAUAUCCACUUGAGACAAUAACAAGAUGUGAAGUCACUGACUCAUCCACUUUUGCAUUUUGGUCCAAAAGUUCUGUGGAUAUUGAACCAAGACGGAUCAGGCUGCAAUCAAAUAGCUAUACCACUAAUACUAUUUUGGACACAGUGACAGCUGCAACCGUGCAGAUUAAGGAGAUGGGUGGUAGAAGCAGGCCUUCCGAAUCUUUAAAGACAACUGAGCAACCUACCGAGAAGAAGAAAGGUUUUGCUGACUGGAUGAACAUAAUAAAGCCUGGAAAUGAGGAGAAAGAUCAUUGGGUCCCUGAUGAAGCAGUUACCAAGUGUACAGCCUGUGGGACAGAUUUUGGGGCUUUUGUGCGUAGGCAUCACUGCCGGAAUUGCGGAGAUAUUUUCUGUGACAAGUGUACUCAUGGUAGAAUAGCUUUAACAGCUGAUGAGAGCGCUCAGCCAGUUCGAGUUUGUGAUCGAUGCAUGGCUGAAGUGACACAGAGGUUGAGUAAUGCUAAGGAAGCAGCCAACAAACCUGCAUUGCAAAGUCAUGAGGAUCUUGCACGGAAACUUCAGGAGGAGAUGGAGAGAAAUCGCAAGACAUCAUCAGGCUCCAAGUCUGAUGGAUCUGGGAAGCGGAUGAAAGAAGUUGCCUGUCCCAUUUGCACUGUCCAUUUGCAGGUCCAAGUUCCCAGCUCAGGAUCUGAGACCAUUGAGUGUGGGGUUUGCCAGCAUCCUUUCCUUGUGAGUGCUCAUUGAUGGCAAACAAUUUCAAAUUAUCAUUGAAGGCACCCUCAUGUCUCUGUUAAAAUUUUUCAUUAUUUUCUACUGGUUGAUAUUUUGAUAUUUGGUAAAUUUCUUGGUUGUGUGAGCUUUGAUCUGAUAUCAACUCAGUGUGUAUAUGAAGUUAAUUUUACUUGGGAGCCUAUCAAUCAAGGCACAUUUUAUGUAUAAAAUUGAUCAUUAUAUUCACUAAUGGAUUGAUGUGUUUGGUUCAUGGCA